GUGAGGUUAGGAUUUCAGUCGUAUUUACUUCUUUGGUGUAAAACAAAAUCUUUAUAAAUGGGAUCGCUAGAUAAACCUGAAUUUGUAGAAUCGGCAUAUUUAGCGCCUUUAAUUGCUGGCGCCAUGGCCGGGAUCUCAGUAGAUGUGGCCCUGUAUCCUCUGGACACGCUAAAAACUCGCCUGCAGAGUGAACAGGGCUUCCACAAAGCUGGAGGCUUCAGGGGAGUGUAUAAAGGGCUACUAACAGUGGCGACAACUUCCAUGCCCACGACAGCACUGUUCUUCAUGUCAUAUGAAGCCACUAAGAAGCUAGGUGAGCCCCUGGUGGCCCCACAGUACGCUCCGCUGGUGCAUAGUGCUGCGGCGUGUGUCGCGGAAGUGUUAGCGUGUGUAAUCCGAGUGCCGACCGAGAUCGCUAAGCAACGCAAGCAGACAUACGUCGGCAGUGAAAAGAAGAGCAGCAUCAGAAUAUUAGUCAAGGCGUACCAAACCGAGGGUCUCCGGCGAGGUGUGUACCGCGGCUUCUUCUCAACGGUCGCCAGGGAUCUGCCGUUCAGCUUCCUAGAACUGCCUCUAUGGGAGUUCCUGAAGACGCAAGUGCGACACUAUAACGACGGGAAUAUUACCAGUUUUCAGAGUGCCUUGUGCGGGUCUAUAGCGGGCGGGUUAGCGGCCGCAGCCACCACGCCACUCGACCUGGCCAAGACGCGUAUCAUGCUUGCAGAGGAUUACGCACAAACGCGCAAACUCAGGAUCAAGCCCAUCUUACGUGACAUAUAUUAUGAGGCCGGUGUGCGCGGCCUGUUCGCCGGUGUGACUCCUCGCCUCACCGCCUUCAUGGCGGGCGGCUUCGUGUUCUUCGGCGUGUACGACUACAGCAAGAUGCUGGUUAACAACUACGUGGGCAGGUAACGAAGGGACGGGAACACCUACUAUAGCUGAAUGAUGUAAACUAAGUAGAUUAGAAUCAAAAAUACUAGAGUCAGGCUCGCCAGUGCAAUCUAUAUAACUUAUUAUAUUCUUAAUUAGCUCUUGUUGCCUGUAUUCUUUCUUCAUUCAAUACCUAAUGUUAAUUUCAAUUAUACUAGUGACAUUUCAUUAAAUCUUUACACCUAUUCGUUGCCAAAUAUACAUUUUGUAAAUCUAAUUAGACGUAAUAAAAUAGUUGCAAUUAAUUUUAAAUGACUCAGUGAUCAUAAUAUCACUGACAUCCUGUUUUCACACGUCUACCUAGACUGAAUAUAUUAAGGGACACACUAUUGUAAUCCAAGAUCUUUUGUAACCAUAUGUUCAUUGUGAAUAAACGAUUUCAUUCAUUCAUUCAUUCAUAGUGCAUUACGAUACAAGUGCGAAAAAAAAGGGAGUUCGAAACGAGUGGCGAUAAAUUAAAACACGACCAAAGGGAGUUUUUAUAUCGACAUGAGCUCCUAGUAAGUAUUAUUUCUUUGGACAUGAGUUAUCAAUUUCCUUUUCGCACGUUUAUCAGUCUCGUCUCGUCUCGUGUCGAACUUUCUUUUUUACGCACUUGUGUAAUGUACUAUAAAAUAUUACAUGCACAAAUAAUUAUAAAUAUUAUAAGUAUAAAUAAUAAAGAUGAUAUAUGGAUUAUGGACAAAAAUACUUAAAUCAUAUGUUAAUAUAAAAGGCAAAUAUAUUUUACUACAGUAGUUUAGGUAGUCUCUUAAUUCACUUACUAACUUAAUGUACUAUAAGUAUGAUUGAUUAUAAAAUACAUAUAUACGUAUUUCUGUUAAAUUGGUACUGUCUAGUCAUCAUUGUUGAAAAAUUAUAGAAUUUUAUUCAGUUAUUAACUUAUUAAUUUUAUUGUGAUAGACAUCAUAAAAUUCGUUGACGUAUUCUUCAAGAUUAAUUAUUUAUUAAGGAAUUUCUGA